AGUACAAGUCAUAAUGUGAGAUAUCAGAAGUGUGUCGAUAUUUUAAGAAAGUAUGACCCAUUUGUGGGCUACACCUCUUCUGCUGUAAAGGGCACUAGGAUAGCAACUGUUCUACAUUAUUAGAAACACGUUGCCCCUCCCUCAAGGAGAGCAGAGUGGGUGGGGUCAAAGAGCCAACUCAGGGGAGAUCAACAAGGAAGCGCGCAGCUCAAAAGAAACAUUUAGCUUCUUAACUUUCACACAACCAACAACUGGUCCCUUUCCAGAAAGAAUUAAUUGAUUGGAUGGAGUAAUGGACUGGAACAGUAUCUUGCUGAAACAAACCAAAUCUCCUUCAGAAAGACAAAGUUUCCUUUGAAAAGGAAAAGUAACUUUAGGCAGUUUCCUCUUCCAUGCAAGGGAGGAUUGACCAAACAUCAACUCCGUCAUGCUACUGACAGCCAAUAAAAGCACUGGACCUUGGAUUACUCUAGCACUGUUUUUUGCAAGCUUCCUGUGUCCCGUUUUGGCUUUCAAAAUAUGUGCAUUCAAUGUCCGAAGCUUUGGAGACUCUAAAUCAACCGAUGCCAUGGUCAUGCACACUCUGAUUCGAAUCCUGUCUAGGUGUGACAUUGCCUUACUUCAGGAAGUGAGAGACAGCAAAGGAAAGGCCAUUCCCAUCCUGAUUGCUGCACUGAAUAGGUUUGACUCUGUACACACUUAUGACGUUGUGGCCAGUGAGCGUCUUGGUAGGACUUCUUAUCAGGAACAGUAUGUGUUUGUGUACAGGACAGAUACGGUCAGUGUGAAAGAUCAAUAUCAGUAUCCUGACACACAGGAAGGGGACGAGGAUGCUUUUGCUAGAGAACCGUUUGUGGUGUGGUUCCGAGCACCGAGGACAGUUCUGGGGGAGUUUGUGCUCAUACCACAACACACAUCUCCUACCAAUGCCACAAAAGAGAUCGAUGAACUCUACGAUGUCUUUGUAGCCAUAAAAAAUAAAUGGAGGGUGGAGAAUGUGAUGCUCCUGGGUGACUUUAAUGCUGCCUGUGGGUACGUAGCAAAGAAGAACCGCAAGAACAUCCGCCUCUACUCUGACACCUCGUUCAUCUGGUUGAUCGGGGAUGACGUAGACACCACGGUGAAAGAAACAACCGACUGUGCUUAUGAUCGGAUCGUCAUCCAUGGAGAGAACUUUGCCCAAGGCAUUGUUCCCUAUUCAGCAGGUGCUUUCAACUUUGCUAAUGAGUAUAGUCUGACUGAGGAGCAGGCAGAGGAGGUGAGUGACCACUACCCUGUGGAAGUGGAACUGAGGGUGAGAGUUCCUGGGCAGGGUCAGCAGAGAGUGAUGUCCCCUCUGGUCAGAAAUAUGCUGAAGGUCCCAGCUAUACUGGCCAAAAGGCUCAUUCAGGGCCUUAUAGCCUUCUUCAACUCCACGAUGCAGAACAUCACCAUUGUGUAAGCUAUACUUGUGUUUUGCACAGCUGUGGCUAGUAAAGGCACACUGGCUUUGAGGUGAUCUGUCUCUUGCUUGCACUUUGAUGAAAACAUACGCCAUACCACAACUGUGUGUACUGUAGCCUACGAAGCCAGUAUUUUCAGUUCCCAUGUCACACACGCUUCACUUGAAAUGUGGGCUUCCUCUGACAUGAGUAGCGCCCUUUGGUGGUACACUUGGUUGUACAUGUUAUUUGAUGUUUAAAUUGCAGGUUUAAUUCUCAGGGAAGAUGACCACUAAAAUCUUACAAUGCAUGCAAGGGAAGUAUUUUAAUAAGAUGUAUUUGAAAUACAUAUUUAAUUACUUUAGCAUAUUUUGUUAUUUGUAUUUUGUUAAAAUAACUUGAGGGAUUAUUUCAUAAAAGUCGAUAUUUUUUCUCUCCAAAUAAGCCAAAUAUCAUCGCUCAGUUAAAUAUACUAUAACCAUGACAAUAGGCUAUGCUUAUCCCGAUAGUAAAAUAUUUUGCCAUGUUUUCUGAUGUUGACAAUGGCAAUGUCAAGGUUAGACACACGAAAUCAUGUGACACACCCGUAGACCGGGCUCCCUGCAUUUGUUUUUCAUUUUCAUUGUCCCAUUUACUGUCAACAAGGGCCAAUCAAGUUACAUUUGUUUGAAAUGCAGUUUUGACUCAAUUAAGGUCUUCCUAUAAUAUCUUCUGUGCUUUUGCUUUUAUUUUGCAUCUUACUUUUCAAAAUAUGCCUUUGCUUCAUGGACUUACAGCAGAUCAGUCUAUCCACAUCAGUAUUAUGUAGAGUAGCCUGGCCCAGUGGUUUUCAAAGUGGGGGCCGGGGCCCCCUGGGGGGCCGCGAGGGGGUGCCAGGGGGGCCUCAGCAAGU